CUUAAGAAAACUCUAAUUUUUCUCUUUGCAAAGUCAAAUAUAAUACAAAAAUUUUAAUUUCUUUGAUAUAAAAUAUUGAGUUUUCCAAUUUAAAAGUCGUUCGGUCUACAGUUUGAGUUUUUAAAUGUGAAAAUAUCAUUAUGAUUGAUAAACGAUUACGAGCGUAUCGCACGUAUCAACGCUUUCUUAAGAUACUACUGACUAUGAGUGGCUGUUGGCCCAUACCAACAAAAUCCGGCAAGUCUAAAUAUUACUGGUCAUUUUGCACGCUUUUGGUAUUAAUCGUGUACUUGACAUUUUGCUUGAAUUUGAGCUAUAACUAUAAACAUAAUGUGACAAUUUUCAUGAAAUACAUAGGCAUAGCUAUGGGUACAUUUGGCGGCCUUAUCAAGGUGACAAUCUUUUUGAUAAAUCGUGACUCUCUGAUAAAUUUUCACCAAACUCUAAAUUAUUUUUUUGAGGAAGAGCUUAUGCAAAACGAGAAAAUACGAACAAUAAUAUUUUCAUCUCUACGUAAAGUGUAUAUCCUGGGGUACACAUAUACCACCAUUAUGACAGCACUGAUCUUGGUGUAUAUUAUGCCUCCAUAUAUCCAUAUAAUCCGCGAUCUCUGUCACUUGCGUUUGACUACAAACUACACUCUGCCGAUCAGCAAGGGACGUGGAUACUCCUGGACUAUUCCUGACAAUUUUUUGUAUCAUCUUCAUCUGUUUAUGGAGACAAUUUGUGCGUCCUUCUCUGCCAUAACGGCGAGCGGCGUCGACAGCGUUUUUGGCUUUUAUGCCUAUCAAUUCGCUUCGACGAUGCAUGCCAUGACUUUCAGAUUCAUGAAUCCUCUUCCUAUUGAGAAAUUUUCGGGUCUAUUGAAAAAAAGCGUAAAAAAACAUAAGAAACUGCUGCAAUGCCGCGGCAUCCUAGAACGCAUCUACGGACCCAUUAUCUUUUGGCAUACUGUCACCAGUGCGAUUCUUCUUUGUUCAUUGAUAUACGAGGUGGCACAUGUUUCGCAUUUUACUAUUAACAACUUAUCCGAAUUUCUGACAUUCGCUAUAGUGAAGCUGCUUCAAAUGUUUAUGUACGCAUGGGGCGGUACUAUUCUUACAAAUGCGAGCGAAGAUUUUCGUAAUGGGAUAUACUUUGGCGAAUGGCCUAAUUCUGCUCUCGAUUGUCACGUGAGAACAAAUGUUAUUCUGGUAAUGAUGCAAAAACCAAUGACUAUAAAUGCAAUUUUUUCAUCGGUUAAUAUAGCUUUGCUUACUAAUUUCAUGAAUACUACAAUGUCUUACUUCUUCUUGUUGAGAUCUAUUGAGGAUAAAGAUGGCUAAAAAUGGACCAUAUGUUUAAAACACUGGAAUGUAAAAAAUUUGAAUGUGAUACCCUUGUGUAAGAAAAUUAAAAGUGUUUUGCAAUAGAAUCUACGUAACAUACACUUUAUUGUUAUAGAAUUUAAAUUAAACAAUGAAAAUAUAAAAUUAUAAAACAUUACUGUUUUAAAUAUAUAACAUAUUUUUACAUGCACUAUAAAU